AGACAUCCUCUGUUACUCUCCACCAUCUCCAUCACCACCAGAGAUCCAUAUAACUAGAUCGAACUGAACACUUCUCGCCACCCCAAAGCUUGCUUGCUUCCUUCACUGAGACAAGUCGCACUCUUUCCCCCUCUCUCUCUCUCUCUCUCUGCAAGGUUUCAACCAUGUCCAAGCUUUCAUGGCGGUCCUGCGUAACAAGCUGCUGGAGUAACACUGAUCAGAGCUCCGUGACGGAAACCAGGAAGGCUCAAACGACGGCAAGAUCCCCCCAGAAGAUGGCGUAUUCUCCGCUGUCUUCCGAGGGCUUUUCCUUGAGCGUUCCGGGAUCAGAUCUUCAUGUGUUCACCCUGGAGGAGCUGAAGGCCGCGACGAGGAACUUCUCCAUGACUAACGUCAUCGGGUCGGGCGGGUUCGGUCCUGUCUACAAGGGGUUCAUCGACGACAAUCUGCGGCCGGGGCUGCUGGCGCAGCAUGUGGCAGUGAAGUCGCUGGACUUGGAGGGGUUGCAAGGCCACAGGGAAUGGCUGGCUGAGGUUAUCUUUCUUGGGCAACUGCGGCAUCCCCAUCUGGUGAGACUGAUUGGCUACUGCUGCGAAGAUGAGCAGAGGAUGCUGGUUUACGAGUAUAUGGCUCGAGGAAGCUUGGAGAACCAUCUUUUCAAGAGACUUCUUGCUUCGUUGCCAUGGUCUACAAGGAUAAAGAUAGCAGUGGGAGCUGCCAAAGGACUUGCCUUUCUCCAUGAAGCUGAGAAACCCGUUAUCUACCGCGACUUUAAAGCCUCAAACAUAUUACUGGACUCGGACUACACGGCGAAGCUUUCAGACUUCGGGCUGGCGAAGAAUGGACCUCAAGGAGAUGAUACGCACGUCACUACGCGAGUCAUGGGAACGCAUGGCUACGCCGCGCCCGAGUACGUGAUGACCGGCCACCUGACGGCGAAGAGCGACGUCUACAGCUUCGGGGUUGUGCUCUUAGAGCUGCUCAGCGGGCGUCGGUCCGUCGACAAGAACCGGCCGAACCGAGAGAAGAACCUGGUGGAAUGGGCGCGGCCGUAUCUGAACAACCCCAAUAGGCUCAGCCGCGUCAUGGAUCCCAACCUCGAAGGUCAGUACUCCACCGACGGCGCACGGAAGGCAGCGGCGGUGGCUUACAGAUGUCUCAGCCUUAGCCUGAAAACGAGGCCUAAUAUGAGAGCCGUCGUCGAGGCCUUGGAGCCUGUCAUGGAGUUGAACGACGUGCCCAUCGUCGGCCCCUUUGUGUACACAGCACCUGAGGAGAAAGGAAACGAUGGUAUGGAGGAGAAGGAAACGGCUCCUGCAGCAAAGUGGAGAGGGAGUCGCCAUGAUCAUCUCGGUGCAACAGAUCAUUCUAUGGCCAACUUUAACAGGGAUAGUGGUCUUCACAAGAAAUCUCCAAAGCACCAACAGAGCUCCAGUUAUUGGAAUUAGGUUUGUCAAAGAAGGUUCAGUUUUAUCAUGCAAAUAGAAUAGAAUACAGCUGAAUUAAAGAUCAAUGGAUCAACCGCUUUCAUAUAUAUAUAUAUGAUCUCCAGUUUUUUGGUUCA